UUCACUUAUUGUUGUCUGAACCGUUUUUGGUUCUUUAAGUUUGCUAGAAACUCUUCUCUCCUCAUAACUCAUAGGCUCAUAGCAUAGAAGAACAAGGGAGAAAGAUUUGCCACUAAAACCAUGUCUUCCCCAAGCAAACGCAGGGAGAUGGACUUGAUGAAACUGAUGAUGAGUGAUUAUAAGGUAGACAUGAUCAAUGAUGGAAUGCAUGAGUUCUAUGUAGAUUUCCAUGGACCCAGUGAGAGUCCUUAUCAGGGAGGGGUGUGGAGGAUAAGAGUUGAAUUACCAGAUGCUUAUCCCUAUAAAUCUCCCUCAAUAGGCUUUGUCAAUAAGAUCUACCACCCAAAUGUUGAUGAGAUGUCAGGUUCAGUUUGUUUAGAUGUUAUCAAUCAAACGUGGAGCCCCAUGUUUGAUCUGGUGAACGUAUUUGAAGUAUUCCUACCACAGCUUCUGCUGUAUCCCAAUCCAUCAGACCCUUUGAAUGGAGAGGCUGCCGCUUUGAUGAUGCGCGACAGAGCUGCUUAUGAACAAAGAGUUAAAGAAUUCUGUCAGAAGUAUGCUAAGCCUGAAGAUAUAGGAGCUGUCCCAGAAGACAAAUCAAGUGAUGAGGAACUAAGUGAAGAUGAAUCUGAUUCUUGUGAUGAUCAAGUGGCAGGUCAAGCAGAUCCGUAGGGAUUUCUGGUCUUUCUUUUAAAAUGUUUGUAUUUGUACAUGAUGUUGUAGCCUUUUCUUAAUUCAUCCCCAACUCCAAAGAAGACUGGAUAUUGGGAAGGGAAAGAAAUUCCCCAGCUUGUAUUAGUUUCCUUUGCACCCCUGUAAAUAAAUGUACUGUUGGUUUUCAUGCUUCA